AUGGCAGUCCUCAAGGGUAGCGCCGUCUUCACGGCCCUCGCGUCUCUCGGAGCCAUCGUGGCCCCCGCUGCUGCGGACGUUCCGACCAUCACGCCCGAGUACCUCGCGACGGCGGGCAACAACUCCCUCUUCACCCGUUGGAGACCGCGUUCUCACUUCCUUGAGCCCCAAGGCUGGAUGAACGACCCCUGCGGUGCCAUCUACGACGCGGCCACGGAGACUUACCACCUCCACUACCAGUUCCAUCCCAACCACGUCAACUGGGGAAACAUCUCCUGGGGCCAUGCCGUCUCCAAGGAUCUGUUCCACUGGACUGACAUCCGCGACUGGGCCAACGACUCGUCCGUUUCUCUUGCCGCUGGCGCAUACGCCGCCGGUCCCCUCUCCAUGUUCACUGGUACCACCCAGGCAGUCAACCUCGAGGGCGAGAACGACGGCACGCUCCUGACCUUCGCCACCGGAAUUCACUACCUGCCGACGAACUGGAAGCAGCCGUACAUCACCGGCACCGAAGUCCAGGCCCUGUUCACGUCUGACGACCACGGCUCUAGCUGGAACGAAAUCGGCACUGUGAUCUCCGGCCCUCCCGAGGGCUGGAACGUCACCGGAUGGAGAGACCCCAGCUUCUUCGCCAACACCGAUCUCGACGGCCUUCUCCAGGUCAGCGAGCCCCACUACUACAUGGUGCUCGGCUCCGGCCUCAAGACCGGCGAUGUCCCCGCCCAGCUGCCCGGUGCCGCACGCCCCGGCUUCAUCGGCCCCCGCAUCCCGCUCUACUCCGCUCCCGCCUCCAACUUGACGCAGUGGACCUUCCUCGGCGCCCUCUGGGAGCCCGCUGCGAACGGCUCUCUUGGUGAGCCUGACAUUACCGGCUCUUACGGCUACAACUUCGAAGUCAGCAGCUUCUUCGACCUCCCCGUCGGCGACUCGGGCGAGAAGGCCUGGUUCGUUUCCAUGGGUGCUGAGGGCGGUAACACGACUCAGCACUGGAAGGAGCAGUGGGCUCUCUGGAACCGCGGAGACAUCGCCCGCCGUGACAACGGCUCCGUGGAGUUCACUCCCGGCUCCGGCGGCGCUCUCGACUGGGGUAUCUCCUACGCCCAGGCUACCUGGAGCGACGCCCGCAACGACGGCCGCCGUGUCAUGUGGGGAUGGGCCAACGAGGACCUUGCUGCCGACUACACCUUCAACACCUCCAAGCAGUUCGGCUACAUGGGUUCCAUGAACCUGCCCAUGGAGCUCUUCGUCAAGGAGACCAAGGGAGUCGUCAACUGCGGCGAGCAGAAGGACGGCAGCCACUGCGUCGAGAGCUGCAACGGCUUCACUGCUCAGACCCUCGGCAUCCGUCCCCUCCCCGACGUUGUCGAGCUCCUCCGCGCCGGAGCCGAGACCCACGAGUUCGACGUCGGUGAGCUCACCGACGCGAACGUGUCCGUGUCCGCCGAGAUUGGAUCUUCCUACGAGCUCACCGCCACCCUGAGCGACUUCAGCGGCCCCGCCGGCAUCGUCGUCGGCCAGAGCCCCGACAACGCCGAGUACACCACCAUCGUCUUCGACCCCGAGGCCCAGGAGAUCAGCGUCGUCCGCGACCACAGCAGCCUGCUGCCCAACUUCAACAACGCCACCUUCGUCGGCCACUUCCAGCCGUACGAGAUCCACGAGAAGAACAGCACCACGACCAAGACCGAGGAGCUCAACUUCCACGUCGUCCUCGACAACUCCCUGCUCGAGAUCUGGGUCAACGAGCGCUUCGCCCUGACUGCCCGCAUCUACCCCUCGCGCAACGACAGCACCGGCCUCAGCUUCUUCGCCGGUGACGCCGCGGCGCCCAGCGGUGCCAAGGCCACCUGGAAGAACGUCAAGGUCUGGUCUGGUCUUGCCCAGGCUUGGCCUGAGAGGCCGGAGGAUACCAGUGUCCCGUUGGUUUGGGACACUGCUGAGCAGACGAACAACUACACCUGGUGGGCGGGAUACUAG